UCAUAAUGUAUAAUAUAUAUAAAGUUUAUCUUCCACCAAGGGGUGUGCUGUGGUCUGUUGCAAUGUGACCGUUCAAAAUGAGGUUUUCGUAUACGCUGAUGCAAUACGUACUGUUUACAAAUCAUAUCAAAAGCAAUUGACUAUCGAAAACAAUUGGAUGUAUCCGGCAUACUUGAACUAAAUUGAAGACAACUUUGACUUAUUUCCGUACCUCGUAUAUAAGAAUUCACCGGAAAAAUAAUGUAUCUGUGUUCAUGUAGAUGCACAUUUAAACUAGUCUACUUACAAAGGCGCGGCUUACUGUUUGAUAUGAUAAUCCUUUUCUACUUCAAAGGUUUUUCCACAUAGGUUUUACUAUAUAAAUAAAAACAGUAACAAACCAAAAUGAAUGAAAAGUGAAAUACGUUUCAAGGAAAAAUCUUGUGAAUUAAAAAGUCCAUUGAAAAUUUGUACAAAUACCAUCAAAUUAAUACCAUGUUGAUAACAGUUUAAAAGCAACGCGUAUAGUAGACACGUAAAACGUCAUAAAUUUUAAAAAUGCCGUUCAAAGAGAUGCACUGGCCAGUUUCGGUCGGGAUGGUUGUAGUGUUUAUGUUGACUGGUUGGAUUCUGAAUUUUGUUAGUUUUACGGCCCCAUUCUGGAACAAUUCAAAACUAUAUCACUGGGGAUUAUGGCAGAUGUGUGACGAAAGAACUGGUUGUGACGGCAUAUCGAGUAAAGAUCUGACAGAUGUAAUGCAGAUCGGAAGAAUAUUUCUUACACUAUCUUUUAUCGCCUAUUUUGUCCUCAUUAUUCUGGUUGUUCUGUAUUUAUUCUGGAGGAGUGAUCUGCGCUUUUUAUCUGCCGCUGCAGUUACAUCAUUCUUAAUACUGCUGGGGUUAUUUCUUGGUGCAAUACUUUGGAUCUCAAGGGCCAACACAACCCUGUCAUGGUGUUACUACCUGUGUUAUGCGAGCGCUUUUCUUGUCUCCGCUUCCGGAGGCGUUAUUUUGCACGUGCGGCGACAGGAACGGCUCAGAUUAAAUGAUGUACAAGAACAGCCACAAGAGAUCAGACUGGCUGGGGUGUGAUAUAUUAAGCAAUACACUUUUUAAAGUAACCUGCUUUAACAUGUUUAAAUACCAGGAAAGAUAUUUAGGGACGCGGUCCUGGAGAAGAUAACAAGGCUGAGGCGGAUGUGAUACGUUGAGUUCUGUGAGCAAUAGUUUGAAAAGUAAAACAACAAUAGAGUGCUCAGUUCACAGAUUAAUGUGACCUUUUGAUAGAUAUUAAAUCAAUUUAGACAAUUAAAAUGUAACUUACUUGACACUCAUUGCACAAGUUGUAGACGAAUAAAAUAUUACUAAAACCUUA